GUCAAAUCAGCAGCCUGCAGGCCACCCAGAUGACCCAGGAAGCAGCCAUCAGGGACCUGGACAACGAGCGGAGCCGGCUGAAGGAUAAGGUUCUGAGGAUGGAGGAGGAGAGGGAGGCCCUGCAGAACCAGAGCCAAGCCCUGGAUGAGCGACACAAACAGCAGAUCCAAUCCCUCGAGAAGACCGUCCACGAGGAGAAGGCGUCUCACGAGAAGGACAUGAACAAUAUACGAGCUCGCUACGAGGAGGAGGCCAGCCAGACCAAGGAGAGCCAGGCUCGGGCUCUGGAGGAGGUCGCCAAGAAGCACCGAGUGACCCUGGAGAACGCCUUAACCAACGCAGAGAAGGACAAGAACCGCCUGCUGGCUAUCUCCCUGCUGAAGCAGAGCCUGGAGAUGCAGCUGUCUCAGUCGCAGUCGUCCCUGCAGCAGCUGCAGCACCAGUUCAGCCAGGAGCGCGAGCACCUGAGGAUGCAGCUGGACGAGCUGCAGACGGAGCAUCAGAGGCGGCAGCACCGUCUGCAGGAAGUCCACCGCAGCUCCAUGCAGGACAUGGAGCAUGCCAGACAGCGAGACCUGAAGGAUCUGGAGGAGCGCCUGCGCCACCACCACCACGCAGAGCUGCAGUCGCUCCGAGAGGCUCACCGGCAGAGCAUCGAGACGCUCAAACAGCAGUCGGAACAAGAGCUGCAAACGCUGCGCUUCGAGCUGGAGGACGAGGGCAAAGCCAUGCUGGCCUCUCUGCGCUCGGAGCUGAACCACAUCCACGCCUCGGCCAUCGAACACCUGCGACAGACCCACCACCAGGAGUCGGCCGCCGCCAAGGCCGAGCUGGAGAAGACUCUGGACAACAACCGGACUCAG